GCCAUGCUCGAGUCCGCUUUGCCCGGAUUCACAUUUCUGUCUCGUUUUCUAUUUACCAACUUCAAUAUUGACCUGUCCCCUUAUUGUUUCAUUUUCCUCAUCAUCAUCUGUGGCCGCAUGGCGUUGCACCAUGUUCUGCACUUGUUUGUGACCCCACUAAACUCUGCCUUGGCACAUCUUCGUGACUCGUUCACUUGCAGGAUCGAGGUAGAAGGCCAGGACAGCAUAUACAGAUACCUCAUGUACUGGGUGAUACAUCAUAAGUCUAUGGCUAGAGCCAAGCAUCUCCUUGCCAGCAACGCGCUGACGGUCGGCGGUCGGUAUGUCAAUAUAAGAACCAGCCUUGACCCCAACGAAGACGACGACGAGCCUGAAUAUCGGCCAGGAGACAACUUCGACGAAUGGUGGAGCAAGGUCAUCAAGAAACGCAGCACCCAGCCCUUGCACUUCAUCCCCUCCACGCAGGAGCACUGCUUCUUGUACGCCAGCCCUUGGUUCUCUUGGUGUUUCUGGCGCUGGAUCAAGUUCCAGCGCACCAAAACCAGCGAAGACACGUUGGUCAGCGAUCGAAUCGUCAUUUCCUGCUGGGGACUGCCGUUCUGUAAUUGGGGCAUAGGCAUGCUCAAGCAGCUGCUUGCCGAGGCGCAGCAGGCGUGGCUUGACAAAGACCAGGAUAAGAUCGAGAUUUGGAGUGCCCGAGGAGGGGAGUGGCAGCCGUGUGACGGGCGUUCCCCGAGGCCGCUGGACAGUGUGGUGCUUGACCAGGAGGUCAAGGCUGGUGUCUUGGCUGAUAUCGAGAGAUUCCUCAUGAACAAGGCUGUCUACGAGGUGCGAGGGCUUCCGUAUCGCAGGGGCUAUUUGCUUUAUGGCCCGCCUGGAACUGGCAAGACCAGUCUAUGUUAUACCCUUGCCGGACACCUGAAGCUACCGAUCUAUGUGAUAGACCCCAGUUCGUCUUGUCUGAACGAAACCCGCUUCAGACAACUCUUCUCCGAUUUGCCCUCGAGGUGUAUCGUUCUGAUGGAGGAUGUGGACUGUACGGACAUCACACAGUCACGGGCACCUGGGCGUGACAACAUGAAUCAGCACAUGAUGAUUCCUGGACACGGCCCUACUCAAAACGGCAUUUCACUAUCUGUUCUUCUCAAUGCCAUCGACGGUGUGGAUGCAAGUGAAGGCCGCAUUCUCAUGAUGACGAGCAACCACGCCGAAAAGUUGGAUGCGGCACUGAUCCGUCCCGGGCGGGUGGACAUGCGCAUCGAGUUCAAGUACGCGACACGUGACGAGAUUGAGUCUUAUUUCAAGACAUUUUAUUCGCCUCUACAUACUAUGAGGCAUGUAGUGCGGAUCCAAAAUGAGGAGCGGGUGCCCAUUAUCACAUCUGGAGACGUCGACAGGCUGGCCUGUGACUUUGCUGCACAGAUCCCCUCGGCACAGCUUACGGUUGCUGAGCUCCAGGGACAUCUCCUUGAGCACAAAGACGAUCCUAAAGCGGCCAUCAGAGAAGUAGAGACAUUGUUCCAGAAGACUAAGGCUCAGCGCGAUGAGCGCAUUAAGAAA